ACCACCUCAGCCUGAAGCAAACUUUCUUAAUACAGGAAACACAAAUGAUUUAAAAGAGAAGAUAGAUGUAUGGUAUUUAACUGCAUGCAAAUGUCAAUUUUCCUUAUGGAAAGAAAACAAAGUCAAGAGACAAACAACAAAUUGGAAGGAAAUACAUGUUUUUAAAAAAUGGCGGCCAGGUUAAUAUCUCUAAUAUAGAGAAAGCUCCUAAAAAUUGAUUUAAAAAAAAAUGCAAAAACUAUGAACAGACAAUUCAUAGAAGAGGAAAUACUAAUGGCCAAUAAACAUAAGAAGAGCUCUUCACCCUCAAUAGUCAUGGAAACGCAAAAUAAAACAUCAGCGAGAUGUUUUUUUCAUCCCUCAGACUGGCAAAAACUUAAAAGAUCGCUAAUAUCCAGUGCUGGGAAGCCCGUGGAGAAAUGUACAUUAUCAAGCAUUCUUGUUGAACGUCUUAAUCUCAAACAUCUUUUUAGAGAGCAAUCUGAUAACACGCAGUAGAAAAAAAAUUUUAAUGUUCAUAUUCUUUGAACUGACAAUCCAAUUAACUUAGAAAAAAAAAAUCUGCAAAGACAACCCUUAGCUUCUCAGUCUCCUCUCUCCAGUACACCCCACUGGAUUCGGCAUCUGGCUUCCCAGCCAGCUAGAUUCUCACACCCAAGCCCUCCUCCAUCUCCAUCAGACCCCGGCCAGCCGAAGGAGGUGCCUGGAACAGGGAGGCGGCCUUGGAGCCCCGGAAGGCCUUGUCCAGGAUCCCCCCUGUGCUUUCAGGAAAGUGAGGCCAAGGACAUCGGCAGAGCCGGCAUUUGCCUCGAUUUCCUAGAGCUGCUGACAACGUGUGGGACGUCGAUGGCACCUGGCAGAGGCUGCUUUGCUCUGGCUGUUCUGCUGGUAAUCGCUGACAUCCAGCUUGGUGGAUGCAUGAACAUCAGCAGCUCAGUUUCCCAGGAAGGAGAGAGACUAAGCAUAAUCUGUACCGUGUGGCAUAAGGAAGGAGAGGCAGAGGGGGUUGUCGUGUUUUUGUGCAAGAACAGGACUCAGGACUGCUCCCCUGAGACCAGCUUGGAGCAGCUGAGACUGAAACGGUAUCGUGGGCCAGAUGGCGGCAGCGAACGGUCAUCGCAGUUGGUGUUCACCAUAGACCGAGCCAUGCCGUCCAACAGUGGCAUCUACCAGUGUUGUGCCAGAAGCCAGAAGUCAGACAUCCACCUUCAAGGCCAUUUUUUCUCCCUUUCGGUCACAGGUGAGCUCCCAAUAUCCCUAAUGGCACCAGGUGGGACGUCAGCAGGUGGACAGCUGGAGACCAGUGGUUGUCUCAGGCCCUGGGUGGGCAGCUCCUCAGGGACAUGUGUUCCCCGUGACUCGGUCCUGGCCCACCGUUCCCACCGGCAGACGCUGCGUCCCGUGAAGCACAUAGACGAGGGCCAUCUCAUGUUGUCUUGAAUUUUAAAAAAUCGUACUGAGGUAGCCAUCCCACUUUUUGUUGACACUGAGACUGAGUCACAAGGAGGUGAAGCACCUUGUCUGAUGCCACUCACUGACCAGGGCCGGUACAAGCAGAAAGGUCUGGAAUUUCGUCCUCCCCACUCCCAGUUCGGCCCUCUCUCAGGGAUGUGGCUGUUUCUAAACAGAUGGAUGGACUUGAGAUAAAUCAGACAGUUGUUUUCAAGAGCAUUUAGUUAUAAGAAAGGGAAACCCAUUCAAGCUGCCGUAGAUUAAAGGGGCAAAAUAGUAAGGCAAGUAUAGCCGGUGUCCAGGAGUUUGUUUCUAGAAUCAGAAAGCAGGAAGCCAACAGAACCCCAAACUGUUAUUGUCUCCAUCUCUGGGGCAGCAGAGCCUCUGCGUAUCUCCUUCAUUUUGUGUGUGCUCCCGUGUUCUGUCACUAUUGUGGACAGCCUGCCUACACAUGGCCACCCCAGCCUCAACUUUACAUCCUCAUAUACCCAGAGUGACUCUCCAUGUUUUUAUAUGCCCAGACAAUGCAGCAAGCCUUCAAAAUUAAAAAUUAUGUUCUACUUAGAAUUCUGUGCCCAAACUACCAACCACACGUGAGGAAAGGCAUGGAAUAAUUCAAAACAAAUUUUGUCUUCCAUGUAAUCUUUCUUAAGAAGCUACCAAAGGAUGUGCUUCAGUAAAACUAGGAAGUGAAUCAGUAGAGCAGACAAAUGGAAUUCAGGAGACAAGGAAUCUAACAGAGGAAAGGGGAUAAGGAAAUUCUAGAAUGAAAAGGGGCCAAAAAGAGCAAUUAGUCUAGAAGGCGGCAAGAGAAAGAGGGCUCUGGAAGGAAAAUCUCUAGGGGUAAAAAUGGAAUUGAUAGAUCUUUUUGAUAAAGGACUGAAGAUAUGGAUAUGGAAAACUCUGCCGGUCUAAAAAAAUGUCAAGUGAUCAUUAUCUGCAGGGAAAAUGCUAAAUUUUACCAAAGGGAACAUAAUCAUAGCACGCAACGUGACUCUGUAAUAAGUAACAUUUACAGAAUCCAAAGUCUAAAAUUUGUCAUAAUGGUUUUUGAAAGACGCAGAGAAGGGAAGUAGCUAGAGGUUUAUGGAAUCACAUCCUCAUCUUCUAUAGCAGAAAGUCAAUCAAUGUCUAUACUUUCUCAUCAAGGAGUGGUGACAUGAGCAUAUUAUUUAGGAAUAUGGUGAAACAUCUCAAAGAACUGACAGCGAUCGUCUCUGGGGAAUAAGCCGAGGAAGAUAAAAGGAUACUGCUGUAAUCCGUUAUCAACUUUAAAAUACUAUCGUAUUUUUUAAGAAAAAUAGAUUACACACAGAGACCCCAAAGAUAAAAACUUGGCCCAGAGCCUUUCCUCAUCUCCUACGGUUGGUAGUUAAUCCACAUUCUCAGCUUCGCUUUAGGUUACUUACUUUCUUCCAUGCUCCCAGGUACGUCUCCCAUAUGACCUAGUAUGGCGCUGGGCACUUCCGCUCUCACCAUGAUCAAACUCCCAUCUUCUCUACUGGCUUCUGUGACUGUGCUCCCCACCGGCUUUUCUACCUUUCUGCUGUUCUUUUCUCUCCUUCUCUGCCUCCGUUUCCUCCACCCAUCUCUCAACGCAUGAGAAUUCAUUUCCAAAGAAUCACUCCUCGCCCCUCCGUCCUCUCUCUACUCUCUCCCUAGUUCUCACUCUUAGGAUUUAAACCUGUCCACCCUUGCACCUGACCCACAAAUCAACUUCUCCAGCUCUAACCUCUUUCCUAAGUUGCAGUUAAACAUUUCCCCUGAUAACUGGACUCCCAGCUCCCGAAUGCCCUACUGAUGCCGCAGACUCAAAUUCAUCCUCCUGAGACUGGACUUCUAUCCACGAUUUAGUCAGAACCAUGGUUCCUCCUUUAUUCUCUUCCCCCAACCAGUUAAGUUGCUAAGUACGGCUAGUUCUUUCCAACAUUCGUCCCUUUCUUUCCAAAGGUGUUCUCCAGGUCAUCGUCUCGCACUUAACACGUUUCAAUGGUCUCCUAACUGGCCAGCCCCACUUGAGACCCAACUGCAUCUUACUCGUUUUCGUGUCUCCCACAUCUACCUCAGGGCCUGGCACUGAGGUGUUGCCUAGUAACGGCCCGCCGACUCUAAACAUCUUUCUAAAAUGUUAAUUUGUACAUUUAUCCUGGCACUAAGGGUUUUAUAAAAUUUCUAUUUAAUACUCUUUCAUUCAUCUCACGAAUUUGUAUUGUGCAUCCCAAGCACAAAUGCUAAGCCUUGGAGGACAGGAAGGGGGUACAAGGCUCUCGCUCUUAUAAUCUACUAUUCCCAUUCUCCUACUAUUUCUGCUUGUGAUGCUUCUCCCUGAGACGCAAUGCCUUUCUCGUUCUCACCGUAUUUAUGUAUUAGAGCCAACACGUAUGCUCACCAAAUGUGGAAAUAAGAUUCCUUUUGGAAGAUGAAACUAAUAAGGCCAGACAGGUAACAGUAUUAAAAAACGACAUGCUAAGUGAUCUAUUACUUCAUUUAAUCUUCAUGGCCUUUUGAGAAAGGUACUAUUCUUGUCAUGUGACGACUUGGGCUCAAAGGUAAUUUGUGUUAAGGUCACUCAGCUUGUGCGUGGUGGAUAAGAAACCAGAUCUAUUCCAAAGCCCAGAUUUUAACUUGGCCUGAACUGCUCGAGCCACUCCAGAAGAUGGUUUUCAAAUGAG